CUUUACUUUGCUCCAGGUUACAGCCUAAUCCCCCCGCAUGCCUAAUGGCACAGUGACAGACACACACUCGGCUCUGUGCAAAGGUUCAGUAUGACUGCAGCAGCAGGUGUGCUAACAGGCUUGGCUAAGCUAAAGCGCCAAGACUCCGCCCGCUCUCAGCACCGGCCCUUACCUACAUCACCAGGCCUGGGAAACUCCGCCCCAGAAGCUGCCCCCAGAAAGCGGAAACGACGCACAGAUGUUGUUGUAGUACGUGGUAGGCUCCGACUCUACUCUGCCUCUGGGUUUUUCCUUCUCCUGGGACUGGUCAUCUUGGCCGUAGGGAUCGGCAUGGCGACGCUGGGUUACUGGCCGCACAGUGAAACCACGCCCUCGGCCAGAUUGCCGACUGGAGGAGGAUCUAACACAGCAACUGCUGGAGGAGCUAAAAUAUCUGCCUCAGAGGAAAAUGGAGGCAAGUUGGCCGUCACAGACGAGGACGUGGCUAACUCCAGCACAAGUCAUAAUGUGCAGGGCACACCCUCCAAGCAGACCGGGGGCAUCCUGACACGGUUCCUGGAACAACAUCGUCACUCUGAGAGGAUGAAGAUGUUCGGGCCCUUCACCAUGGGCAUUGGGAUUUUCAUCUUCAUCUGUGCUAAUGCCAUUCUUCAUGAAAACAGAGACCGAGAAACUAAGAUAAUCCACAUGAGAGACAUGUACUCCACCGUCAUUGACAUCCAUCGCCUCAGGCAGAGGGAGCAAAAACACCACCAUCACCGCAACAGCACCUAUGCAAGAGAAGCUGGGGAUCUUCGGGCCUUUGGAGCUGAUAACACAGCACGCAUGGCCAGCAACUCCCUCCUGGCGUUCUCUUCUCGAGCUGGAGGCAGCGUUGGAGGCGGAGGGUCUACAGAAGAAGAGGAGGUGCUAUUAGGGGACGAGGAGUUUAACAGACAAAGGGGACAGGCUAAGUUGGAUUGUAGCUUUGCAGGGCUGCUGGCGCCACUCUACAAGGAUCGGCCCUUCUACGGUCCGGGAUUGGCUCGGUCGGAUUCGAUACGCCACCAGUGGUCAGUGGAUGGAGAUGGGGAGAAGGGAGGGCAUCACGCACGCUCUAUUGUCUCCUCCUCUUUAUCUGCAUUUACUCUCCCUGUUAUAAAACUCAACAACUGUGUUAUUGACGAACCGGAGAUGGAGGCAAUUACUGAGGAGGAGAGAGGAGGAGAGAGAAGAGAAGGAGAGAGGUCACAGCCUCUGAGCUCCAUGGAGUCUCUGGUGGUCCCUGUAGCAUCUGUUGCCAAGGCCUCCAAACCGCCAGGAUUACACAGGAGUAACUCCGCCUCCUCUUCCUCCCACUGCUCCUCUGUAUCCUCUUGCUCCAUCUCCCCCGCUCCCUCCUCUACCUCAGGCUGCUGGCUCUCCCCGGGAGCAGCGAGGAGUGACUUUGGUUCAAACUCCUCUCUGCACAUGCUCAGCAGCCACUCCAAAUCUCUGGACCUGGAGCGCAGGCCGAGCAUGCUCAGCGUGCACCCGGAGCAGCGGAAGCACCCCAGCUGGCCCCGCCUUGACCGUAGCAACAGCAGCCGUAGUAACAGCAGUAAAGGCUACGUGCGGCUGGAGGACAGGGAAGAGCAAGGGGAGCGGCUGUUGGAUGCAACAGUGCGACGCGAAUACAGCAGGCGGGAGAAGCUGCUAAUGAUAUCAAGGUCGCAUAACAAUCUGAGUUUUGAGCAUGACGAGUUUAACAGCAGCACACUGAAGAGGGGAAGCUCUGAGACUCGGUUCUGAAGACGCUGAACAAAACGCUGAAGACAGUUCUGUCAAUUGCUCUCCACACUGUGUACAGUGAGUUGGUGUCGGGGGGAAACUGACAAGUUUAACAGCUGCACCCUGGAGAGAGGAGAGCGGAAACUCAAACGCAGUUUCAAAGACUCUUUUUGUGAGCAGCAGGCUGGAGAGCUGUGGGUAAUGGACCAUCAUACACAGCAGAAGGUUCAGGCCUCAUGUCAGCAAGAUGCUAACCGCCUACUGUGUCAGGUCCAGAGGUGCUGGUCUGUGCCUGACCCUGACCUGUGACCUCUGUGGAGGGAGGCAAUUGAAAAUAGAAGUUCCCUACAGGGUUCAAUAAAAUGAAUCACAUUAUAUCAUCAAACCUCUUCCUGACGUACAGCGAGUGAGUGAACUCUGAUGGAUGGAGUGUGAAGAACUGUCCAGAUACAAGAGCUGCUGCAGUGCGAGCAGAAGAUGAGAAUAUUUUAUGGGGCCUUUGUGAUUUGAUUUCUCCCUCUAAAAUAAAUGUUAUUUAUUCCUAA